AUGACUGAAUAUCAAUCUCUUAAGAACCUUAUCAAUCGCUUAGAAGCCGCCACUUCUCGUCUUGAGGAUUUGGGAACCUCUUCUGCUGCUGCUAAUAACUUAAGUCGUAAUUCGGCUGGUGGCCAACCUGCUGCACCUUCACUUGUAUCUUCGCAAAGCAACGACGCGGUUGGUGGAGGUGAAGUUUCUCCCACUCUUGCUGCUUAUGACGAACUUAUUGAAGGCCCCUUGAAAAAUUACCUUGAACGCUCAAAGUUGAUUGGUGGUAUUGUUGAAGACCAGAGCCACGCAGUUGAAGAUCUCUUUAUCGCGCAGCGCGAUUUUAUUUAUAUAACUACUCAAAGUUCAAAACCAACCGACGAAACCAUUUUGGAGUUAAUCAAACCUACUCGACUUUCUCUUGAAAAAGUUUGUGAGUUUAGAGAGAAAAAUCGUCCUUCUCCUUUCUUUAAUCACUUAUCCACCGUUAGCGAAGGUAUUGGCGCGCUAUGUUGGGUGACCCUUGAAGAAAAGCCUGCACCAUUUGUUGGAGAAUUGAGAAAUAGUUCUCAAUUUUAUGCACAUCGUGUAAUCAAAGAAUUUAAAGACAAGGAACAAUCUCAAUCCCACAUUGCUUGGGCCAAUAGUUUUGUUUUUUUGUUGGCUAGUCUUCAGAAUUAUAUCAAAGAAUAUCACAUUAAAGGUCUUGCCUGGAAUCCAGAGGGUGCAAAUCCCAAGAAUUUUGUUGGAAGGAAACCCGCUUCUCCUUAUUCAUCCAAGAUGUCUCCACCAUCUGCUCCUCCGAGAGGCAAAGUUGAUAUGAGUUCCGUAUUUGCAGAACUUAAUAAAGGAGAGACAAUUACUUCUGGCUUAAAAAAAGUAGAAAAAAGUCAAAUGACACACAAAAAUCCUAGUUUGAGAGUCAGCAGUGUUGUUUCUGAUAUUGGAGCAAAAAAGAAAUCAAUUAAGGGACCUGCCGCUCCACCGAAACCAGCUUCGUUGUCUCUUAAAAAGCCUCCAAAAAAAAUUCUAACUGGCAAUAAAUGGAAUAUAGAAAAUUAUGAGAAUGAUAAGAAUAUUAUCGUUGAAGAUACUUUUAUUAAUCAAACAGUAUAUAUAUUUGGAUAUACAUGUACAAAAUCUGGACUUGUAGUAGAUUCAGUUGUUGCAACAGUUGAUAUAGUAAAUUGUAAAUCAGUUCAAGUUCAGGUUCAAGGCAAAACACCAAUAAUUGUAAUCGAUAAAACUGAUAGUGGUCAAAUAUUUUUAUCAGAGGAAUGUCUUGACGUUGAAAUUUUAACAGCCAAGAGCUCAUCUAUUAAUGUUAAUAUACCUGGAAUGGGUGAUAAUGGGGAUUAUGCUGAAAGACCUGUACCCGAACAAUUCAAAACUACUAUUGUUGAAGGUAAACUUAUUUCUACUCCUGUUGAACAUACUGGAUAA